AAAAGCAUAUCUCAGAUAAAAAAUUAUUGCUGCUUUCUGAUUCCUAGAGCUCCCUUUAUAAACCCAUCAACCUUAACUCUUCUUCCUUAGCCUUGUUAACCUCCUAUUCUCUCUUCUCUCUUUUCUCUUCUCUCUCUCUCUCUCACUCUGCAAAUGUCUAUAAUCUCCAUAAAAUCGCCUAAACACUGUGGCAAACAAGGAGUGAACGUUGAAAAGGUGUCCAAGAAGCUUGUCUUUGCAGGCUCUGCUCUUUUCACUACAAUCCUCUCCAUAAUACUACUCGUUUGGCUAAUCCUUCACCCCACAAAGCCUGAGUUUUCUCUCAAAGAAGCUGAUAUAUACCUGCUAAACCUCUCAAACGUUAACCUCCUCAACUCCUCCAUCCAGCUCACUCUAUUCUCCAAAAACCCGAACCAGAAAAUCGGGAUUUACUAUGACGAGAUACAGGUUUAUGCCUCUUACAAGGGCCAACAGAUUACUCUUUACACAUCUCUUCCUCAUUUCUACCAAGGCCAUGAGGAUAGUAAUCUCUUAUCUGCCUCUCUGGUGGGAACUGGCUUACCAGUGGCACCUUCCUUUGGUUAUGAAGUGGAGCGUGACAAGACUGCCGGAAGACUAAUUCUGAAUCUUAAAGUCAAUGGUCGUCUCCGGUGGAAGGUCGGAACUUGGGUCUCUGGCAAAUACCGGUUGAAUGUGAAUUGUGUUGCAGUUAUGGCUUUUGGACCUUCUCUUCCAACGGGUCCACUGUCUGCAAAGCAAGGGACUCAAUGUUCUACUUCAGUUUGAAAUUAAGAACACUAACCUCGUUGAUAUAGUAAUCUUCUUCAGUGAGUUGGUUCUUUGUUUUUUAUUGUUUUUUUCGUAUAGAUUGUAUAUUGUUGUUACUAGAAAGUGUUCUUGUGAAUUAAUAUUGACUAUUUAAUAUAACAAAGAAAGUAACAAAUUGUAAGUGAAGAAUGGAAAGUUUGUUUGGAUUGUUAAUCCUGCAUAUCUUUAUUUUCUACCAUUCUGACUUUUGUUUUUGAUUUGUUUGUGAUGAGUGGAGACUAAGAAAAGAGAGACCUUUAUGUUUCGUUUUUAAUCAGAUCCUCUUUUGGUGGGCUUCUGACUGAGGAUACUUUGUUGAGCUUUGGUUUGGUUUUGGUCAUGAAGAUAUGAAAGAGUGAGUCAUUGAGUGGAAGGGUUAAUGAUGAGGGUGAGAUUCUAAAGAGAAAAGUUGAGAAAAAGGAACAAGAUUGGUUGCUUUCUUGGCAAAGAAAUUGUUCAAUUUACAGUUCUA